ACACCAGUUCAUUGUUCACUUCAGUCCAGUAUAAUCCACACUAGUUCAUUGUUCAGUCCAGUAUAAUCCACACCAGUUCAUUGUAGUCCAGUCCAGAAAGGUUUAUUGUAGUUGAGUUCAGUCUGGUCCAGUUUGCGAACUUUGAUAACUGAUUCGUUUUUCAUUUUAAAUAAAUAAUAUGAUUCAGUACUUCAACAGAGUACUUGUGUUAGUACAGAAUAUAUUAACUCUGUCUUUAAACCAUCAGCUGUGUGUUGACGUGGUCUCGGUCUGUCCCCCCUCAGUGGAUCUUCUUCAGAUGUUGGAGAUGAACAUGACUAUCGCCUUCCCAGCAGCCCCUUUGCUCACAGUCAUCCUGGCUCUUGUUGGCAUGGAGGCCAUCAUGUCCGAGUUCUUCAACGACACGACAACAGCCUUCUACAUCAUCCUCAUCGUCUGGUUGGCCGAUCAGUACGACGCCAUCUGCUGUCACACCAAUACCAGCAAACGCCACUGGCUGAGGUUCUUCUAUCUUUACCACUUUGCAUUCUACGCAUAUCACUACCGCUUCAACGGGCAGUACAGCAGCCUGGCCCUGGUCACCUCCUGGCUCUUCAUCCAGCACUCCAUGAUCUACUUCUUCCACCACUACGAGCUUCCUGCCAUCCUGCAGCAGAUCCGGAUUCAGGAGAUGCUGCUUCAGAACCAGCAGGCGGGUCAGGCAAACCAGACAGCCCUGCAGGACAACCUGAACAACAACAACAGUGCUGCUGCUGCAGGACCGGGACCAGGAACAGGACCGGGACCGGGACCAGGACCCAACAGCACGCAGCAGGAGGCUCAGACUAACCCCCAGACCUCUUCCUCCCCAGCAGCGACAGGAGGUGGAGGGGAGGUGAGGUCGGAGCUGAACUGGGUCGCUCAGACUGCGGCCAUCAUCACUGAAGCUAUGUCCUCCUCCAACCAGCACUCCUCCGCUGACACCGUGGACGAAGGAGGUGCACCUGGAGGGCAGGGGACAGCAGGAGCAGCAGAGGUCAGUGUCCUGGCUGGGAUCUGGAUGGAAGGGGGAGGAGGAGGAGGAGGAGGAGCAGCAGCAGCAGGAGGAGGUGGUGGAGGUGGUGGAGGUGAAGACGAUCAGAAAGCUGUUUCUGUUGAAAUCAAAACCACAGCAGGAGGAGCCGAUCUGCCACCCAGCCCUCCAAUCAGAGGGCUCCAAGUGGUGGAGGCGGGGCCUAUGGAGGAGACCCCCUCACAGACAGACUGCCCCCCCCCACUGAGUCCAGGUUCAGACUGCAGAGCGCCACAGACCCCGUCCUGAGAGUCCAGGUCUAGUCCUCAGUCUGUCGGCUGAUCAGGGGGAUUGAUCAGUGAUUGGCUGAUCAAUUUUAUUUCUGAUAUCAAACAAACAAGUGAUUGCUAAGGAAGCUGAUGCUCGGGGCCCCACAAGAGGUCAGAGGACUUGUCUGAGGGGCCACAGAGUCUUCACUUCACCUGGAAACCAGAUCGACUGUAGAAUCUAGUCCAGAACCAGCUUCAGAGAACAAAGAUAUCUGUAAAUGUUCAUCACUUAGAUCCAUAAACUCAGUUAUUAUUAUUAUAGAAAUAUGAAUCACUGUAUAAAUCUUCAUGUUCAGAAUUUUUUCCAAUAUCCUUCAUCACACACACACACACUCACUAGAGCGCCUCAUGUGGAUUCAUCCGCUGGUGAAAAUAGUCCCCGUUUCUUCCUGAGUAUUGAUCUACAUGAAUCUACAUCGAUCAGCUGUUUCACUGAGAACCAAUGAGACACAGACAGACACCAGACUGAUGCUGGUGAUCAGUUAUGGAUCAGUGAAUCUCUGUUGAUCAGCCCUGACUCUGACAGACUGAAGAACUGUUUCCGUGCUUUUAUUUUGAAGAACCCGUUGAGAACAGGAAGUGGUUGUAGUGGACCGAUGCCUUAUCAAUAACCCUCUGUGGACCCGACAGAGACCUCAACAGCGGAGCCAGCUGAUUGGUUGU